CCGCGGGCCGGGACCUGCGGCUGCGGGCGGAAGCCCAGCCUCACGCGCAGACUGACAGCCCUGGCGAUGCUGGGCUGGCCUUGCGGCGCGGGCCUUUCUGUUGCCCCGCGGAGCUUGAGUGAGGAGAGGGAUGUAGCUCUAAGGCUUUCUUCUGCUUUUAAAUGGUUUCCAGCAGAUACUGCACAGUGAUGAUACCGAUUUCCCCCCCCUUUUAUUAACAUUGACGCGGUUUGGGUGUUUAGCUUUUGCAAGGAAUGGGAAAUUCGGGAUGGGGAUUUGGGGGGCGAGAAAAUGUGAUUUAUAAUGUUUAAAAGUGUUCCAUGCACAAAUAUGUGAUUCACCCACAUUAUUGAACCCCACGAAGUCCUACCCUUUUUGUCCGUAUUCCUAUCCCGACCUCGUCUGUACCAUUAUUACCCAGUCUGGGUUCGAGGAGAUGCAGUUCUGCUCUUACUUAACGAGGAAUUUUGUUGUCAGAGACUUAAAGGAGGUUGUCGUAAUUGACUUUAAGCAGCAAACAGUAAAACACUGAGCUCUUCAGCUCCACCUUUCUUGCUCUGAGAAUUGGAAAACCAAGAAGGUUUUGAUGUUUUGUGUGGCGCCACCUGAAUCAGAAGCCAAGAUGAACAUAACCAAAGGGGGUCUGGUGUUGUUUUCGGCAAAUUCUAAUUCAUCAUGUAUGGAGCUUUCAAAGAAAAUCGCUGAGCGGCUGGGGGUGGAGAUGGGCAAAGUGCAAGUUUACCAGGAGCCUGACAGAGAAACAAGAGUACAAAUUCAAGAGUCUGUGAGGGGGAAAGAUGUUUUCAUCAUCCAAACUGUUUCAAAGGAUGUGAACACCACCAUCAUGGAGCUCCUUAUCAUGGUGUACGCGUGUAAGACCUCCUGUGCCAGAAGCAUCAUCGGCGUGGUCCCCUACUUUCCUUACAGCAAACAGUGCAAGAUGAGAAAGAGAGGCUCCAUCGUUUCCAAACUGCUAGCUUCCAUGAUGUGCAAAGCUGGUCUGACUCAUCUUAUUACUAUGGAUUUACACCAGAAGGAAAUUCAGGGCUUCUUCAAUAUUCCUGUUGAUAAUUUAAGAGCAUCUCCCUUCUUAUUACAGUAUAUUCAAGAAGAGAUCCCGGAUUACAGAAAUGCAGUGAUCGUGGCCAAGUCUCCAGCCUCGGCUAAGAGGGCACAGUCUUUUGCUGAGCGCCUGCGACUGGGCAUCGCGGUGAUUCACGGAGAAGCGCAGGACGCCGAGUCCGACCUGGUGGACGGGCGGCAUUCCCCCCCCAUGGUCAGGAGCGCCGCCGCCAUCCACCCCAGCCUGGAGAUCCCCAUGCUGAUCCCCAAGGAGAAGCCCCCGAUCACAGUGGUCGGUGACGUGGGAGGAAGGACCGCCGUCAUUGUGGACGACAUCAUUGAUGACGUGGACAGCUUCCUCGCUGCAGCAGAGACCCUGAAGGAAAGGGGUGCGUAUAAGAUCUUCGUGAUGGCGACUCACGGCUUGUUGUCCUCCGACGCCCCUCGACUGAUCGAGGAAUCUGCCAUCGAUGAGGUGGUGGUUACCAAUACAAUUCCACAUGAAAUCCAGAAGCUCCAGUGCCCCAAAAUUAAAACUGUGGAUAUAAGCAUGAUCCUUUCAGAAGCCAUCCGUCGGAUUCACAAUGGGGAGUCCAUGUCCUACCUUUUCAGAAACAUAGGUUUAGAUGACUGAGCAGCUUUCCUUUCUUAAAACUCUCGAGGGCCAAACUGGAAUAGUAAGAAUAGGCACCGUGAGGCGCAUGCCUGGCUGGUGUGUUUCACAGGGACCGUCUGUGUCUUGUUCCUUCCUUUUGUUAAUUCCUGUGAAGAUAGACCAACUUCUUAAGUCCAUUUGGGUGUUUGUGAGUUUAUGGGGGCAGUUUUUAUAAAAGAAAAACUAUAUUCUCCUCUCAAAUAAAGUAAGUUAAGACCUGGUUGUGUUCAGUUUACCUGUUGAAAAAAUAGCUUGGAAAAAAAAUUUUAAGCUCACAAACAACCUUUUCCCAAAGUUGCUGGAGCCCAGGUGCUUUAAAAAGUUAAUAAAGUAAAAUGAUAUACUGUAUGAUACUGCAGGUGAAAAGCCAAAAAGAUUAUGCUGUGAAGUCCAGUAAAUUACAUUUUUAGAAAUGCUUUUAUAGACACGCAUAUGGAAUAUGUGACCGUUAUUUAUUUUCUGCAACAAAAGAAGGAAUAAAAACUGUAUUUGUGUGUGUGUUUUUUUUUUUAA